CCUGCCUUUUGGUACCCGGCUCUGUUUGGCGCCGAUCAACUGCCGUCGAGAAGACGGCUCGCAGGUACCAUCCGGCCUUCAAAAAGAAACGCCUCUCGCAUCUUACAUCUACCUCGUUUCCCACUUUGACAGCAGUAUCUAAGUGGAAGCCUGAGACCUUGACUCUCCCCAAUCUUACCUGCAUAUGUGGCUCGCCCUUCUUCUAUCUGCUUGGUUUUGCUGUCUCUGCUGUGUUUAUGCCCACACCUCCCUCUCGUUCCCUUUCGGACUGGUACUAUCAUCGCAUCGACUAGACUACUGCUCUGAGUUCUGCUAUAGAACACUACUGAUAUUCAUCUUCUUGACGACAAACAGCCCGUGCGCAUCAGCGAAUCUCGCCACAAUAACUCCACUGCUGUUAGAUACACGCAGCGGUACUCAGGUUCCAUCAACUCACACGUUACUGCCUGUAUGUUUUGAUCGUUCCGAUGGCCAAUUUCGGCGUCAUUCUCCCUUGCAUUGGCGCAUCGCUAUGCAUGUCCCAGCUUAUGUUGAUCGCCAAUACCUGAUAUUGACUUAGCACUGGGAUACGAAGAAUGCUAACUUGCUGGAUUCGGUCUGUAGUGAAACCUCA